AUGAAAAUAUUUUACCGCUUCGUCAAGAAGAACGGCCAGUGCAACGUCUACUUCGCCAACCUGAGCAACAAGUCGCAGCGCUACAUGGCGGACAUCUUCACCACCUGCGUGGACACGCGCUGGCGCUACAUGCUCAUGAUCUUCUCCGCGGCCUUCCUCGUCUCCUGGCUCUUCUUCGGCCUCCUCUUCUGGUGCAUUGCCUUCUCCCACUCUUUCAUUUUAAACAUUUGUGUGUCAUUUGAAAGGCCUUCAUGGGGUGAGAACGGCUUCCUGGGGGCCUUCCUGUUCUCGGUGGAGACGCAGACGACCAUCGGCUACGGGUUCCGGUGCGUGACGGAGGAGUGCCCGCUGGCGGUCAUCGCCGUGGUGGUCCAGUCCAUCGUGGGCUGCGUCAUCGACUCCUUCAUGAUCGGCACCAUCAUGGCCAAGAUGGCCCGGCCCAAGAACAACCUGCGCAAGAGCCACAUCGUGGAGGCCCACGUGCGGGCCCAGCUCAUUAAGCCCUACAUGACCCAGGAGGGCGAGUACCUGCCGCUGGACCAGCGGGACCUCAACGUGGGCUACGACGUCGGGCUGGACCGCAUCUUCCUGGUGUCGCCCAUCAUCAUCGUGCACGAGAUCGACGAGGACAGCCCGCUGUACGGCAUGGGCAAGGAGGAGCUGGAGUCCGAGGACUUCGAGAUCGUGGUCAUCCUGGAGGGCAUGGUGGAGGCCACCGCCAUGACCACCCAGGCCCGCAGCUCCUACCUGGCCAGCGAGAUCCUGUGGGGCCACCGCUUCGAGCCCGUGGUCUUCGAGGAGAAGAGCCACUACAAGGUGGACUACUCGCGCUUCCACAAGACCUACGAGGUGGCGGGCACGCCCUGCUGCUCCGCCCGGGAGCUGCAGGAGAGCAAGAUCACCGUGCUGCCCGCCCCGCCGCCCCCGCCCAGUGCGGGCAUCAUCCGGAUGCUGGAGUUCGGCAGCCACCUGGACCUGGAGCGCAUGCAGGCCACGCUCCCGCUGGACAGCAUCUCCUACCGCAGGGAGUCUGCCAUCUGACCUCCGCCAUCUGACCUCCGGCCGCCCGCGCUGCCUCCACAAGAGCCUCUGCUGGGGGUGAGGUCCCAGGACCCCCUCCGCACUCAGGACAGAGCUGGCCCUGGCUCCGUGGACCUUCACAGCCGGGGGACCCCUUCCUACUGACUCUGGAACCCGGGCCUGGGCAGGGCCCCAGGAACCCUGUGCCCUGGCGCUCGUGUUCCCCAACGCCUGCCAGCUGGCGGUUCUGGGGCCCCGGACUCACCAUCCUUUCCCCACCGGCCCUUCCAGGACGUGCCCGCUUUGUUCUCAGAACCUUGGGGACCGAGGCUGGACUUCUGGAGGGUGGGCAUCCUGGGGUCUGGGGUGGGCAGGGGGUAGUUUUGGGGGAGGGAGGGACGGGUGCGUUUCUUUUGCAUGACUGUGACCUGUUGCUCAUGACUUUCUUUUGUAAAUACCUAUAAAUGGAGAGAGAUGGAGGCACCAAACCCACCUUCUGCCAUUUGUACCUGCAGGACACGGAGGUGCCAUCUCUCUGUGCACCCUCCCUCCGCCCGUGUGGCCUAGCCCGUCCCUGCCCAGCUGACUGCCCCCUUGAAGCCCUCAGAGCCAGCCUUCUCGGCCCCAGGAUGGUGCUGGUUUGAGUAUAGAGGUGGGAGCCCAAGGGGAAGGACACAGGCCAUCCCUCCCUGUGGUUUCUCCGGGCCCCCGGACCCAGCCCAAAUCGACAAUGGAGUUUGUAACUAUAUAUUUUUAAUAAAGUAUAUGGUCCAUUGGGGUA